GCUAUAAAACUUAAACGAGUUUCUGCCACUGGGGUUCAGUGGGGCGAGUUUUAAGUGUUUGUUUUAAAGACCUGGAAGCUCAGUAAGGCAGCGGAGAACUACAGAAAAACAUUUAAGAAAGUUCGAACUUCAGCGGGUGACGAGCAGAGAUGGGACACGGAGGAGGAGGACGAGAUCAAUAUGACCUGGCAGCAACGUCAGAGCAAAGUGGGAAGAAAAAGAACAAGAACAGGAAAGAUAUGGAUGAGCUGAAAAAGGAAGUGGAUUUGGAUGAUCACAAGCUGAGCUUAGAUGAGCUUCAUCGUAAAUAUGGCACAGAUUUGAGCAAGGGCCUUACAACCACACGUGCACAAGAAAUUCUUGCCCGUGAUGGCCCCAAUGCCCUCACUCCUCCACCUACCACACCGGAGUGGGUGAAAUUCUGUAAGCAGAUGUUUGGAGGCUUCUCCAUGCUGCUGUGGACUGGCGCUCUUCUCUGCUUCCUUGCUUAUGGUAUCCUAGUUGCAAUGGAAGAUGAACCAGUCAAUGACAAUCUGUAUUUGGGAGUUGUGCUUUCAGCUGUUGUCAUCGUCACUGGUUGCUUCUCAUACUACCAAGAGGCCAAGAGCUCGAAAAUCAUGGACUCCUUCAAGAACCUGGUGCCCCAGCAAGCUUUGGUUAUCCGUGACGGUGAGAAAAGUAUGAUUAAUGCUGAGGAUGUGGUUCUGGGUGAUCUGGUGGAGGUAAAAGGUGGAGACAGGAUACCAGCCGACCUGCGUAUCAUUUCUGCACAUGGUUGUAAGGUGGACAACUCAUCUCUUACCGGAGAGUCAGAACCUCAGACUCGUUCUCCAGAUUUCUCCAACGAUAACCCUCUAGAGACCAGGAAUAUUGCUUUCUUCUCUACCAACUGUGUGGAAGGCACUGCGCGUGGUAUUGUCAUCAGCACUGGCGACCAUACUGUCAUGGGUCGAAUUGCCACACUUGCUUCUGGUCUUGAGGUGGGCAGGACGCCCAUCUCUAUCGAAAUUGAGCACUUCAUCCACAUCAUAACAGGCGUGGCUGUCAUUCUUGGACUUUCCUUCUUCAUUCUCUCUCUUAUCUUGGGCUACAGCUGGCUUGAAGCAGUCAUUUUCCUUAUUGGAAUCAUUGUUGCUAAUGUGCCUGAAGGUCUUCUUGCCACUGUUACUGUGUGUCUCACAUUGACAGCAAAACGCAUGGCAAAGAAGAACUGCCUGGUGAAGAACCUUGAGGCUGUGGAAACCCUGGGCUCCACAUCGACCAUCUGCUCAGACAAGACAGGAACCUUGACCCAGAACCGCAUGACUGUUGCCCACAUGUGGUUUGACAACCAGAUCCAUGAAGCUGACACCACAGAAAACCAGAGCGGAGCCAGCUUUGAUCGAAGCUCACUCACCUGGACCUCCCUGGCACGCAUUGCUGGGCUUUGCAAUAGGGCUGUUUUCUUAGCAGAGCAAACUGAUGUUCCUAUUUUAAAGAGAGAUGUUGCUGGAGAUGCCUCAGAGUCUGCCCUCCUGAAGUGUAUUGAACUUUGUUGUGGAUCUGUGAAAGAGAUGAGGGACAGACAUAAAAAAAUGGCAGAAAUCCCCUUCAACUCAACUAAUAAAUACCAGCUCUCAGUACACAAGAACCCAGAUUCUGCAUCGGAUUCCAAAUACUUGCUUGUAAUGAAAGGAGCACCAGAGAGAAUUCUGGACCGCUGCAGCACCAUAAUGAUACAAGGAAAAGAUCAGCCUCUGGAUGACGACAUGAGAGAAGCUUUUCAGAAUGCGUACCUGGAGCUGGGAGGGCUUGGAGAGAGAGUACUGGGAUUUUGCCACUUGUACUUGCCUGAGGAACAGUUUCCAGAGGGCUUCCAGUUUGAUACAGAUCAUGAGAACUUUCCUACCGAGAAUCUAUGCUUUGUUGGUCUCAUGUCCAUGAUUGAUCCCCCACGAGCAGCAGUACCAGAUGCUGUAGGAAAAUGCAGGAGUGCUGGUAUUAAGGUUAUAAUGGUCACUGGUGACCAUCCAAUCACUGCUAAGGCUAUUGCCAAAGGUGUUGGGAUUAUCUCUGAGGGCAAUGAGACUAUCGAGGAUAUUGCUGCACGCUUGAACAUUCCUAUCAAUGAAGUCAAUCCAAGAGAUGCUAAAGCAUGUGUGGUCCAUGGUGGAGAUCUUAAAGACCUUAGUUCUGAACAACUAGAUGACAUCCUAAAAUAUCACACAGAGAUUGUGUUUGCUAGAACCUCACCCCAGCAGAAACUGAUCAUUGUUGAAGGGUGUCAGCGCCAGGGAGCCAUUGUGGCUGUUACAGGUGAUGGUGUGAAUGAUUCUCCUGCACUGAAGAAAGCUGAUAUUGGCGUUGCUAUGGGCAUUGCUGGCUCGGAUGUAUCCAAGCAGGCUGCUGACAUGAUACUUCUUGAUGACAACUUUGCAUCAAUUGUGACUGGAGUAGAAGAAGGCCGGCUGAUCUUUGACAACCUGAAGAAGUCCAUUGCAUACACUUUGACCAGUAACAUCCCUGAGAUCACACCUUUUCUGUUCUUCAUCAUUGCUAAUAUCCCUCUGCCACUGGGAACUGUCACCAUUCUAUGUAUUGACCUUGGAACAGACAUGGUCCCAGCUAUUUCCCUGGCAUAUGAAGCUGCUGAGAGUGAUAUCAUGAAGAGACAGCCCAGAAACCCCAAAACAGACAAACUAGUAAAUGAAAGACUCAUUAGUAUUGCAUAUGGCCAAAUAGGUAUGAUACAGGCGCUAGCUGGCUUCUUCACAUAUUUUGUCAUCUUGGCUGAAAAUGGGUUCCUGCCAUCAAGUCUACUUGGAAUUCGUGUGUAUUGGGAUGACAGAUACAUGAAUGAUCUUGAGGACAGCUAUGGGCAGCAGUGGACAUAUGAACAGAGAAAGAUUGUGGAGUUCACCUGCCACACUGCCUUCUUCACCAGCAUCGUGAUUGUGCAGUGGGCUGAUUUGAUCAUCUGCAAGACCAGGAGGAACUCUGUCUUCCAGCAAGGAAUGAAGAAUAAAAUCCUCAUAUUCGGAUUGUUUGAGGAAACUGCUCUUGCUGCCUUCUUGUCUUACUGCCCAGGGAUGGAUGUGGCUCUGAGAAUGUAUCCACUCAAACCCAACUGGUGGUUCUGCGCUUUCCCAUACUCUCUCCUCAUCUUUAUCUAUGAUGAAAUCAGAAAGCUCAUCCUCCGGCGCUAUCCUGGAGGCUGGGUGGAGAGAGAGACGUACUAUUAGAACAUCAUAUCAACAGAAUUUGAGUCUUUUUGUUUAGCUGUCUGAUAGUUUUGCUGCUCUGGAUUUUAACCUAUUUACAUUUAAAUAUGUUUUGUAACCAAUUUUAUAAACAUUUUAAAUGUGUAAUAUGAAUAAACAAUUAAUGUAGACCCAUUUC